GGCGUUCUCAUCCUCCGUCCUCGUCUUCACACAUUCAGGUCAAGUCCUUCUCCGGCCACCACCAUCGCAGCCGCAGACGACGGCGCUCACCGUCUGAAUGGCUCAGCAGCUGUUCGAUCCUUAUUACCUGUACCAACAAGAUGAGAGGAGCAACAUCAACACGCUCUUCGUCUCCGGCCUCCCAGACGACGUGAAGGCGCGUGAAAUUCAUAACCUCUUCCGCCGCCGCCCCGGCUUCGACUCUUGCCAGCUCAAGUACACCGGACGCGCCAACCAGGUCGUUGCAUUUGCUACGUUUUUCAACCAUCAAUCAGCAAUGGCAGCAUUGCACUCCUUAAACGGUGUGAAAUUUGACCCUCAAUCUGGAUCUGUUUUACAUAUUGAACUUGCCAGGUCAAACUCUAGGAGGAAGCGUAAACCAGGUGGUGGAGCCUAUGUGGUUAUAGAUAAAAGGUCAAAAGGGGAGGCUGAUGUUCAGGAAUCAUCAAGUGAUGAUGGUGACAGUGACCCUGAUGAACCAUCGGAAAGUGGUGACAACCAUGGUGAUUUAGCAACCACGAAAAGUGGUGAGACUACUUUUGGUUCUGACAACGCUGUACCUGUGGAGCAAUAUGAAAAGCGUGGUAAUGGAGGACCAUGUUCCACAGUCUUUAUCGCAAAUCUUGGUCCAAACUGCACUGAAGAUGAAUUGAAGCAAGCUUUUUCUGUAUAUACUGGAUUCAACAUGGUCAAAAUGCGUUCUAGAGGAGGAAUGCCUGUUGCAUUUGCUGAUUUUGAGGAAAUUGAUCAAGCUGCUAAGGUCAUGGAGGAGCUUCAGGGCAGCUUGCUGCCAUCAUCAGAUCGGGGUGGCAUGCACAUAGAAUAUGCAAGGUCUAAAAUGAGGAAGCAUUAGAAGAAAUGGGAGCUAGAUAAAUUCCAGAUAAUUUGGUUGUUGUUGUAAAUGGAAGCAUUGUGUUUACUCUCGACUAAUUGCAACAUUAAGGGAAAGGUUGGGAAGGUGUCCCCAUUUUACAAAAUGAUUACAGCAGACAUUUUUUUGUCGUGCCUGGAACCAUGUAGUCUGAUGGAAUUUCUUGCAGAGCACUUCUAAGUUUUCAACAGUCUAGCAUACCCUUGUGCUUUACAAGUUCCAUUCGCGGAGAAUCAUUACAAAAAGAUUAGUAAGUCUAGAGGUUUAGUUCCUUGCAAGUGGAACAAAGAAGUACGUGUCACCUUUAUUUUUGGAGAAUGCAAGACAUUUAGAUUUUGAUGAUUGCAAACUUAAAAAAGAAUAGUUGAACAGAUUAAGCGAGAACAAACUUUCAGACGACU